AUGCCGCAUGUAUUUGCACCGGGAGGUGGAGUAUACCCGUACAUGCCAACGGAGGAUAAUCCAACGGACUACGUGUACCCGUUCAUUAUCACUGGCGUAGAAAGCAAUGAUCCAGCCGUUGCAGAUCAAGUCAAUAGUGAAGUCUUCACAAACCAACCUGAAGAACCGGAUACGCCGGAACCAACAUGGGAAGAUUAUCUUGGACACCAGAACGUAUCACCCACGUACUGGAUAAGGAAACUCAACGAGAUCGCUGGAUACACAUCAUCAAUGGAGCAUGGAGAAGGAAGCAUACCUCAAGAUCAAGGAGAAGCUAAUGCAAUAUGGUGUACAAUGUAUGGAGAACAAGAUGCACCGAACUCGGUGGCAGGCAUUGGAGCUCAACAUCAAAUACCGGAUCUUAACCAAACCACGGAGGAAGGUACCAGAGAGAAUGAAUGGCUACAAGAUGAUGAAGGUCUUAACCUAGCAAGAAGGUGGGCUGAGAUAAUCGCCACAGAAUUGGAGAAUCUCAGAACAGAGGGUAAUGGCCAAGAACAAACUGUGUCACGCCAAAGGGGAAGGCCUCCCAGAAGACUCGCGAGGAUGAGAGUCCCAGCACCGUCUCAAGUCACGCUACCAUGCAAUCAAUGUGGAAGGACGGGACAUCAUAGCAGGGCAUGUCCCAAUGUGCGAGCUAGAUCAAGGAUGAAUGAAAGGCAGAACAUUUGCCUUACUUGUGGAGAGAAAGGACACUUCUCAGCAGACUGUCCAAGGAACUGCCCCGGUACUAGUCAACCCACCUGCUCAACCACAAGGAGAGAGAGGCGACCAGGGAGUGGAAGCCGUAGAAUGUAA